GCUGGCAGGCCGUCUGCGAGGUGGCGCCCUUUAUGCCACUUUUCAGUUUUGCAUGUCUGCAUGGGCGCGCCGCCGGCUUCAUGGCUUCCGCUGUGCUAUCCACGCAGCCCUGUGCUUCAAUCUGGCCAGCACUGGCAGCAGAGGGGGGAACAAGUGAAAACCUGCUCAACAGAGAGCAUGCAGGCUGCAAGAUAGGGAUGGACUUUGUGUCGAAGAAAAAGAUAUGGAACCAGGAAAGCCAGUGCAGCUUCAGGAAUCUGAGGAGAGGAGUCUGGUUCACCACUUGUCCAACUGUUUGCUCCCACUUGCAAAGCCCUUUCACAUCUACCACUCCGCUUGCACCAGCCUCUGGAUUGAGUCAAAGGUGGCACGGCUUUGCAAAACAUCCCAUCCAGAUUAUGCACCCAGAUUCGGUCGCCCGGUUCUACACAGCUCCUAGGGCAAAGAGUGUAGGGGUGCUGUCUCAGGCUGCCUCGCUUCUCAGUCUAUCCACAAACAGCAUGUCCCCAGAGGCGAGAAAGCUUGAAGAGGCGGCUGAGGCAACGCCGCUCUCGCCCGACUUGCCUCCCAUCAUAUGCUUUCCAGGAGGCGGCAUGUUCUUCUACUGGAUGAUUGGCGUUGUGAACAUCCUCCAAGACGAGAUUGACAUGACCACAGCGCACAUGUCAGGGGCGAGCGCCGGCGCGCUUGCGUCUGUCCUAGCAGCUUGCGGAGUAGACAUGCGGCGUGCGGCCGAACAUGCUUUCCAACUUUCAAUAGAUGAGAAGCUUUGGGAUCGGAAGCUCAAGCUAGCAUUGGUUUGGGGGAGGCUGAUACGGCAGUGGUUGUGGGACUUGCUUCCCGAUAAUGCGGCUGAGCUUUGCAAUGGGAGGAUCCAUUUGUUUGUGCUCGAGUUGCCAGGGCUGCGGACGGGGCUUCAUUGUAAGAGGGUCCCAGUCACGGACUUCAAAGACAAAGCGGAUUUGAUAGAUUGCGCGCUAGCCUCGGUCCACAUUCCAAUCUUCAUAAACGGCCACAUUUGGACUGAGUACAGGGGCUCCCGUUGUGUAGACGGGUCGAUCAAUGCAGACCGGCUUGCGCUGAACAUAGAUCCUAGGAGGCAUACAUUGUACGUGGAUCCCUACGAGGAUCCGGAAAUGAAGGAAAGAGGUAACCGGUUUCUCGAGUUGUACGGGGACAACCCCGGGCCUGAAGGUACUUGGGAGUGGAUUAACCACAUGAUGCAGCGAGGGGAGGAGCACGCGAGACGGAUAAGCAGUGCUGGUCAAUUGGAGCCUUGGACACAUAGUUCAUUGAAGAUGGAAGCGGGGGGCUAAAGCCACUUGAUGACUAAUCUCGGUCGUUUAAGGUCCCCUGCUGCAGACAUACAUUAAUAGAAGCCCUUGGUGACUGUUGCAUGUCGAACUUCGAAGCACAUGGGAGACUUGUUUAUUGUACAACAUUAGAUUGGGUUGUUAUCAUUGUAGCUUGAUUUGUUACAGAACGGUUGAAGGAACGCGUAUUAUGAGGCAACGAUAUCUUUCGAUUGUAGCUCUUUAACAAGGGGACUGAAAUUGUUGCAGGCCCAUUUGUCGGGAUAGGAUGUGUCCAUCAGGUAAUUACCUAUCAAGGCGUUGUAGCAUCUUGAUUUUUGAAUAUUGUACUAUUGAGAUGGUUGAAAGCUGAUCGGUCA